CCCACAAAAUCUGGCAAGUGUAUGAACUUCUGGGUAGUUGGCGUGCUCUUGGUGAUAAUCCCAUAUGCGACUGUGAGCUUGAAUUUGUGCUAUAUCACCAGACAUAAUUUGGCAAUUAUGAUGAAAUGUGUUGGCAUAGCAAUAUCUUCAUUUAGCGCCAUUCUCAAGAUUGGAACGUUCCUGCACAAUCGAGCGUCUCUGAUAAAUUAUCACCGGACGCUAAAUGAUCUUUUCGAGGAGGAACUUCUACGGAACGAAAAAAUCCGGACAAUAAUACUUUCGUCCCUGCCCACAGUAUACACCCUGGCAUAUACAUAUUCUGCCAUUUUGAUAGCAAUGAUGUUGGCAUUUUCUAUGCCUGCUUAUUUAUCCAUAAUCGUCGGUCUUUGUCGUUCCCAGUCAACUACGAAUUACAGCCUACCAAUCACUAGGGGACACGGAUACUUCUGGACCGUUCCGCGCAAUUAUCUGUAUCAUUUUCAUCUGCUCUUCGAGACAGGCGGACUGUCGAUCAACAGCAUCACGGCUUGCGGCAUUGACAGCAUCUUUGGCUUCUAUGUCUACCAGUUUGCCUCGACGAUGCGCGCCAUGACCUUCAGGCUCACGAAUCCUCUACCCACUGAGAAAUUCUCAGACGUUCUAAGAUCGUGCAUGGCAAAGCAUCAGAGACUACUGCCAUGUCGCGAUAUGUUGGAGCAUAUCUACGGACCCAUUGUCUUUUGGCACAUUGUCACCAACGCCGUGCUCCUUUGCGCAUUGAUAUACGAGGCGAUGUCAUUUUCGGACUUUAAUAUUUUCAACAUAGGCGUAUCUGUGACUUACGCUACAAUAAAAUUGCUCCAAACGUUUACGUAUGCAUGGUAUGGCACACUCCUCACAAAUGCGAGCGAGGACUUUCGUAAAGGAAUAUAUUUUGGCGAAUGGCCUAAUUCUGAUCUGAAUCAUCACGUGAGAACGAAUAUCAUUUUAAUGAUGAUGCAAAAACCAAUGACGAUAAACGCAUUUUUCUCUCUCGUCGACAUGAACAUGUUCACCAAUUUCGUUAAUACUACAGGGUCCUAUUUCUUCCUGUUGCAAUCUAUCAGUGAUAAAGGCGAAUAAUGAUGGAUGCUACGUAUGUUUUGUACGACAAACUUGUAAUAUUAUUACGCUAUUAACAAAUUAUUAUAAUUAAGAAAGUGC